GAAAAUACAUUUCUAAAAACCCCAAAAAAAAAAUUUAUAAAUUUUACAAAAUUUCCAGUGCUAAGAUAUUAGAUCACUUAAAACCUAACUAAAAACCAAGAAGAACCAACGCAUAGUUUCAUACAUACCAUUGAGUACUAGGUAACUCCAAACAAGAUGGCUGAAACGGAAUAUGGCGAUGAGGGGGAGUUUGAGAACGAUGAAAUGGACAUGGGCACCAUGAACGAGGGCAUGGAAGAGGGCAAUGAUGAGGAUCUAUUCUCACGCCUCGGCUCCUCAUCCGACGAUCCCGAGCAGAAGCGCAUGUACAUGGAAUAUCUGGCGCUGAUUAAGGAAAUCGAUUGCCAGAAUAAAAUCAUACAGGACAUAAAAGCGGAGGUGGUCGACAUGUGUGGCAAGCCCUGCAAAACUCGGAAUGAGCUGCGGGAGAUUAAACGUUUGCGCAUUUGCAUGGAACAGGAGAACAUUAAGUUGCAUACGAUGAUGAAUCGAGCGGUGGAGCUGCAGAAUUAUGGCUCACAUCGUCACUAUCGUGAGCUCAACUUGACCACAACCAUGGAUGAUGAUAAUAUAUCGCCCUACUGUAUGCCGCCUUGUGGUGCCGGCAUGGGCAGCGGCCCAACCCAACCCACUGAUUGCGAGGAGGAUAUGGCCUCCAGCUGUGGCCAAGGCGAUGGCAAUGAGGAUCGCUUGAUGAAGGCGCUGGACAAGGCAAUGAAGAAAAUGAAGGGCGCCUGUCCGGAGGAUAUGAAAAUGAUGCAGGAAAUUGCCUGCGCCAUUAUGGCUUCCAAAUCGGCCAAGGCCAAAUCCGUUUGCAGACCCUGCCCGCCGCCCUGCCCGCAGCCCUGUCCAGAGAGCAGCAGCAGCAGCGUCUGUCCACAACCUCCGCGUCCACCCUGUCGCCAGUCCAAACGUCAACGCCCCUGCGAACCUCCCUGCCCACCACCACCUUGUCCGCCACCCUGCGGCAAAAGUGACUCGCUGGACAAGCUCAAGCGACGCAUUGUCAACAUGCAGUGCUCGGUUAAGAAGCUGCUCACGGAGGUCAGUCGACGCGAAACGCAGGACCCAUGCGGCGACGAAGCAAGCUCCGAGGAGGAUGAUGAACCCUGCAAUGGAAAUGGCAAAUCCUCGCGUCCACCUUGCCCCGAGGAUCCCGAUCCGCUGGUCAUCUGCGGCGGCAAACGCAACACCAAGGCGGACAAGUAUGAGAAAAUGAAGGAGAACUAUACGCGACUGCUGACGCAGUUCCAGCGCAAGGAUUGUCAGCUCAAGGAGCUGGAAAAGCGCAUGAAAGGCUUUGUUGGAGGCAGCUGCGGCGGUGGCAAAAAUGCCUCCGAUGCGGAUGCAGCGGAGCUGAAUUUGCUGCGUGCGCGCGUCAAUGAGCUGAAGGAGGAGCAAAUGGAGUUCAAGUGCAUUAUGAAGGAACAGUCGCAACAGCUGGAGGACUAUCGCAAUAAAUAUCUGCUCGCUCAGCAGAAGGUCGAGGAGCAGUGCGUCUCGCUGGACAAACUCAAUAUGAACAAUAAGCGCAUCGAGCAGCAGAUUAAUACGGAGGUUAAGGAGAUACGUUCCAAGUUUCAGGAGAAGCUCAAUGAGCUGCUGCAUUUCCCCAAGCUGCUGGAGAAUGAGCAGCUAAAGUUGGCGCAGGUGUGCAAGGAGAAGGAUGAUCUGCAGGCCAAACUGGUGGUGGUCUGCAAGGAGCUGAAAUCCUGCAAGGUGCAAAUGGAGAAUCCACCAGCGGAUUUGCGUCCACAGCUGGCCCAAUGUCAGCUGGAUCUCAGUCAGGCACGCACUGAGAUCGAGGAGCUGCUGCGUCAGCGUGAUCUCUUCUGCGAGCAGCUCAAGUCCACGCAGGAUGAUUUGGACACGCUGCGUACCGAAUCCGCCAAGAUUAUAGCCGGCACCAAGGAGCGCGCCGAAAUGAUUAAAGCGCAGCAACAGGAACAAAUCAAUCGCCUGGAGAAGGAGCUGGCGCAGUGCCGUGCCACAGCCUCCUUGUCGGUCAAUGAUCGCGAGGCUGUCAUACGCGAGAUGCAAGGACAACUCAAUACGCUCUCCUACAGCUUCGACGCGGCCCAGAAACAGAUCAAGACGUUGCGCAAUCACAUUGCCUAUGUGUCCAACGAGAACUGUUUUCCCGUCAAGUGUUAGACGCAGAUCAGACGAUCCACGACGACAACUAUCGACGUGUAUAAUGUGUGAAUGUUUCAGGUGCGCCAAGUGUGCGGCAGCCGGCUAACAAUAUAACUUAUGUCUAUACAACAAAUAUAUAUAUAUAACAUAUAUAACUA